UUUCAUCGGACUGCUCAAAGCCUUUACAGUUAUUAUGUAGGAAAAUCAUUGUGUACAGCAAUUUUUUAAAGUCAAUUACUCCCAUAUUUUCCAUGAAGACCUUCAUUCAUGUCCUCUCCUUGUCGCUCUGAAAGCAAAGGAAGAGUUCGCAUUUUUUGGAUCAACCCCUAGAAGAAUGGAGUUUCUCUUUCCCUUUGAUCAAAAUCCUAAACCUUUUUCUCUCCGCUAAGGAAAAAAAACCAUCUCUGAAACCCUAAUAUCUCAUUCCCAAUCCCCACAAAGACCUAGUUUUCAAUGGCCAGAAUGCGCAGACAGCUCCUCAAAGAGCUCUUUCAGAAAGGCCUUUCAUCUCAGAAUUCGCCAUUUCUAGGGUUUCGAAGGCCUGUAACCUAUAUGCCCCGACCUGGCGAUGGAGCUCCUCGACCUGUAACCCUGAUCCCAGGUGAUGGCAUAGGGCCCAUGGUUACUGGUGCGGUGAAGCAAGUGAUGGAGGCCAUGCACGCCCCUGUGUAUUUUGAGACAUAUGAGGUCCACGGAGACAUGACAAUGGUUCCUCCAGAGGUGAUCGAUUCGAUAAAGAAGAACAAGGUUUGCUUGAAAGGGGGUUUGGCCACGCCAGUCGGAGGAGGAGUUAGUUCUCUGAAUGUUCAGCUUCGAAAGGAGCUGGAUCUCUAUGCUUCUUUGGUUAAUUGCUUCAACUUACCCGGGCUUCCCACCAGGCAUGAGAAUGUUGAUAUUGUGGUGAUCAGGGAGAACACAGAGGGCGAGUAUGCGGGGCUCGAGCAUGAGGUGGUUCCAGGUGUUGUCGAGAGUCUCAAGGUGAUUACCAAGUUCUGUUCAGAAAGGAUUGCACAGUAUGCAUUUGAAUAUGCUUACCUCAACAACAGGAAGAAAGUAACAGCUGUGCACAAGGCCAACAUUAUGAAAUUAGCAGAUGGGCUGUUCCUUGAAUCAUGCCGUGAGAUCGCAAAGAAGUAUCCUGGAAUCAAAUACAAUGAGAUUAUUGUGGACAAUUGUUGUAUGCAGCUCGUUUCUAAGCCAGAGCAAUUUGAUGUUAUGGUUACACCAAACCUUUAUGGUAAUUUGGUGGCAAACACUGCAGCUGGUAUUGCUGGGGGUACUGGUGUUAUGCCUGGAGGUAAUGUAGGAGCCGACCAUGCAGUGUUUGAGCAAGGGGCAUCAGCUGGAAAUGUGGGGAAUGAGAAACUAGUAGAGCAAAAGAAGGCAAACCCUGUUGCUUUGCUUUUAUCAUCAGCCAUGAUGCUAAGGCAUUUACAGUUUCCAUCCUUUGCUGAUCGCUUGGAAACUGCGGUUAAGCGUGUGAUUGAGGAGGGUAAGUAUUGUACUAAGGAUCUCGGUGGGACCAGCACCACCCAAGAAGUCGUCGAUGCAGUCAUGGAUAAACUCGACUGAUUCUUCCCUCUCCCUCCCUGCUGCCUUCUUGAUAAACUCGACUCGUUCCUUCUCGCUCUGCCGCAUCAAUAAGCUCAAUUGAUUCUUCUCUCUCUCUCUCUCUCUCUCUCUCUCUCACACAUAAAUUAGCUCAAUUUUAGAACACCUCAUACUCAAUGUUGUCCUUUCCAAUUAGCUCUCUCUCUCUCUCACACACACACACAUACAGACCCCUGCCACCCUGGCUGUUGAUUUGCUGGCUCUUGUUUUGUUCCUUAUAGUUAUUUUUACCUGUGUUUUUCGUUGCCUGUGGAAUGAUCCUGAAAUUUUCUUCAAUAAUUGGUACUUGGUAUUUUUGGAGUGUAUCUGAUAAUAAGGCAUCAUGAUUCUUCGAAGGUGAUUUUGCAAGUCUUGUUGCGGCUUUAAUUGUGUUUGAUUUUGAGAGAGAGAGAGAGCUCAACGACCGAACGUUUCUGUCAAUUACAGAGUGAAUGUACAAGCCUUGUUAAGAGCCAAAAAUUAAAUACUUUUUUAUCUAUUGUGACUAUUGCUUAUGACAAUUUCAUUUAUACUUAG